AUGAAGCUAGAGAGAUCGUCCUGCUUUGAGGUGCAAGGCUGUAUAUCGUGCCUAACGCAAGCAAGCAAUGAGGACGCCUGCCUUGCAAGCACAAUGAUGAAUGGGGCUCACAUAUUUCACAUGGGAGACUUACAACACGCCCAAUGCGGAGCAAGACAAGCAGUUACGCAUGUAGAAACUUUUCCUCAUGGUAAUUUUGGUGAGGGUGCCGUCAUUUCCUCGAGUUUCGUUUCUUAUGAUUCGUGCUUUGCUACUGGAUCGUCAAGUGGCGAUAUUGUACUUGUCUCCCGUCACUCGAAGAAUGUGGUGCAACACUAUUCAUUUCAGAACAAAGCUGCUGUGCUCUCACUCAAGGAGGUACCGAAUGAACCUUCACUUCUUCUGGCCUGCUCUCCCACUGAUGCACAGAUAAUUGACUUGGAGACAUCGACCGCGCGAAUCAACCUCCACAUUCCAAAGCCCUGCGUCGUCGGUGGUACCGCACUCACUCAGAACACACUUGUUGUUGCCGCUUACGAUGGUAAAGCCAUGUUGUAUGACGUGAGACGUGGACACGAACCCGUGGUGAUUCUAGCCGUUCCUGACCAGAUUAUCAGUAUUACCUCCUCCCCGGAUACUGGCGCGGUGGCAACCGGCACUGUUAGUGGUCGAGUGUUUGUAUUGAGGUGCUUAGAGGGGAAUGUUAGGGAAGAAGCAUUUUCAACCGGUAAAGAGCGGGCCCCUAUCAGGUCUGUGGCGAUGCGGAAUGGCUACAUAGCGGCAGGAGACACCUCUGCGAAGCUGACGUGUCUCGAUUUGAAGGAGGACCCCAAACCCACGAGGUACUGGGAUUUGCAUUCGUUACUUACGAAUGAGUCUGGGCCACCCUCAAGCGGAGCGGAGAAGCUCUCAUCCGUAACGGUCCCUGAUACCGAAUCAUGGUCUCUGCCUGCCGUUAUGUUGCAACAGAGUGAUUUAUGGGCUGCUCUCUCCUCGACUAAAUACGGUGUUUCACACAUACUAGCCAUUCCUAUUUGA